ACAGCGUCAGUUCCCAAGCUUCGUCCCAUGCCUGAACUGCCAGGACCAGCCUUGGAACACCCCAGCGGACGCCGCGUGGACACCCGCCAACCUAAGGUCCUGGCCCCGCCCAGCCGGCCGGCUCCGAGCCCCGGGGCGGGGCUUCGCGCUCGUCCCCGAGGAGCGCUUUACGGCCCGAGGCCGUGCUCGUACGACAGGCCGCGAGAGGUGCUUUGCGGCUGCUCGCUUGGGCCGUGGCCGGAGUCUGUGGCCACUGCGACGGCGGCGCGAGAUGAAGCAGAAGCGGAAAGGUGAGCUCAGCACUGCUGAGCUGAUGAUGCUGACGAUAGGAGAUGUGAUUAAACAACUGAUUGAAGCCCACGAACAGGGAAAAGACAUUGAUCUGAAUAAGGUGAAAACCAAGACAGCUGCCAAACAUGGCCUUUCAGCACAGCCCCGCCUGGUGGAUAUCAUUGCUGCGGUCCCUCCUCAGUACCGAAAAAUCUUGGUCCCCAAGUUGAAGGCAAAACCCAUCAGAACUGCCAGUGGGAUUGCUGUUGUGGCUGUGAUGUGUAAACCCCACAGAUGCCCACACAUCAGUUUUACAGGAAAUAUAUGUGUAUACUGCCCUGGUGGACCUGACUCAGAUUUUGAAUAUUCCACUCAGUCAUACACUGGCUAUGAGCCAACCUCCAUGCGAGCCAUCCGUGCUAGAUAUGAUCCUUACCUGCAGACAAGACAUCGACUAGAACAGUUAAAACAACUUGGUCACAGUGUGGAUAAAGUGGAGUUUAUUGUGAUGGGUGGAACGUUUAUGGCCCUUCCAGAAGAAUACAGAGAUUACUUUAUUCGAAAUUUGCAUGAUGCCUUAUCAGGACAUACUUCGAACAAUAUUUAUGAGGCAGUCAAGUAUUCUGAGAGAAGCCUCACAAAGUGCAUUGGUAUUACUAUUGAGACCAGACCAGAUUAUUGCAUGAAGCGACAUCUAAGUGACAUGUUGACCUAUGGCUGCACAAGGCUGGAGAUUGGGGUGCAGAGUGUCUAUGAAGAUGUGGCCAGAGACACCAACAGGGGACACACUGUGAAGGCUGUAUGUGAGUCAUUUCACCUGGCCAAAGAUUCUGGCUUCAAAGUGGUGGCUCAUAUGAUGCCUGAUCUGCCAAAUGUGGGACUGGAAAGAGACAUUGAACAGUUUACAGAGUUUUUUGAGAAUCCUGCUUUUCGUCCUGAUGGCUUGAAACUCUACCCUACCCUGGUGAUCCGUGGAACUGGGCUUUAUGAGCUUUGGAAGUCAGGCAGAUACAAGAGUUAUUCUCCCAGUGACCUGAUAGAGUUGGUGGCUCGGAUCCUCGCCCUCGUGCCUCCGUGGACUCGAGUGUACCGAGUGCAGAGAGAUAUUCCCAUGCCCUUGGUCAGCUCAGGAGUGGAGCAUGGCAAUUUGAGAGAGCUAGCAUUUGCAAGAAUGAAAGACCUUGGAAUACAGUGUCGAGAUGUGAGAACCAGAGAAGUUGGAAUACAAGAAAUUCAUCACAAAGUACGGCCAUACCAGGUUGAGUUGGUAAGAAGAGAUUAUGUUGCAAAUGGUGGCUGGGAAACAUUCUUAUCAUACGAAGACCCAGAUCAAGAUAUUUUGAUUGGCCUCCUACGAUUACGAAAAUGUUCUGAGGAAACCUUCCGUUUUGAAUUGGGUGGAGGAGUUUCCAUAGUCCGAGAGCUACACGUAUAUGGAAGUGUAGUCCCUGUGAGCAGCCGAGAUCCUACUAAAUUUCAACAUCAGGGAUUUGGCAUGCUGCUGAUGGAGGAAGCAGAAAGAAUAGCUCGAGAAGAACAUGGAUCUGGGAAAAUAGCUGUUAUAUCAGGUGUUGGCACCAGGAAUUACUAUAGGAAGAUUGGCUACAGAUUACAAGGCCCAUACAUGGUAAAGAUGCUGAGAUGACCACCACACCUGUCCCUUUGCACGGUGUGCUCCGUGGCAGAAGACAGAGAAGAUUUCUUGAGUACUCAGAGGAAAGGCUAAACAGAGCAGAUGGACCUCUGCUGCCCCCUUGGCGAGGAGCCUUCCCCUUAUCUGCUUUCAGGACUGGGGCCCCAUGACUGCUGACCACACCACGGGGCCAUCCUCUUGCGUGUGAUCGCACACGAAGCCACUCAGUUUUCCGUGUCAGUUAUUUAUCAGGUUAUUUGACUCACAGUGACAAAAGCAAGUUAACUCAUU